UCUUUUCUCACAAUCCAAACAAAGCCUUAAAAAUUCUCUCCCCGUAUAAAACCCCCGAUGAUUGUUGCUUCUUUUGCCAAAUAGAAAUUCCCCCCUCUCUCCCUCAAGACAUUCUUCUUCAUCGUAAUCCAUAACAAUCGCCCCUUCUUUAGUAUGUCGAUUGCUUGUCGUCUGGUCUUUUAUUGAAGGUUUUCCGCUCGCACAAAACUUCGUCGAUGGACGCCAAAAUGGUUUACCCUAAGAUUGAUCUCGACGACUACCAGCCCAAUUUCCUCUCUCAUGCGGUUUCUGGAGGUGUCGAGGAACCCAGUGAAGGAAGUUUUUUAGCGGCAACAAGUGAUCUGGGGAACCAAGAAAAGACACUGUUGAGUGAUGAUGAAACCAAGACACAUCAAUGCACUAUGGUGGGGGAUGAUGUGAAGAAUGACUCUGGCCAUGAUAGCAUUGACAAAUAUGUUUGUUAUGAUUCACCAGUUUUUGAAGAAACCGGGGUUUGGAUACCUGUUUCCGUCCCACCAAUGUCAGAAACUGAACGCGAAGAAUGGAACAGGGGCUUCUGCUUGGCUGGGGCCUACUUCCCGGAUAGUGAGAUGGGCUGGAGUCAGUUUGGUGGAGCAGAGAAGGAGAUGACUCUAUGGGAUGUGGUUCGUGAUAUGCUACUUGUGGCCCGUGGGAAAGUGAAUGCUAUUGCAUCAGGUGAUGUGCAUGGGUGCACGAUUUCUUGGUUAUCAAGUCAUUUACUUGAGCAAGCUUGGAAAGAGAUGGCUCAGACCCUAACGGAAGCUAAUAUUGGUAACAUAAAGGAAAUCAUCGAAUCUGAGCCACCAAGAUGGUUGGCUGAUAGUGCCGCUUCUGCGUGCAUGUUGUGUAAUGUACGUUUUCAUCCAAUCAUGUGCUCUAGGCACCAUUGCCGGUUUUGUGGAGGAAUUUUCUGUAAUCAGUGUUCCAAGGGAAGGAGCUUGUUGCCCGCCAAGUUUCGCUCAGGGGACCCACAACGAGUUUGUGAUGUGUGCUGUGUGAGGCUUGAAUCAGUCCAGUCACACUUGAUGGACCAAGUAAGUCGUGCUGCUCAGUUGCCAACGCAAGAUCUGACAGACCUGAGUACAUUGAGAUCAUGGCUUAAUUUUCCAUGGGGUCAGUCAAUGGAGUAUGAAAUUUAUAAGGCUACAAAUACCAUUCGAGGUUAUAAUAAGGUUGGCUACUUAACACCUGAAAAAUCCAUACCAGAUGCUAUCUUAAAGCAAGCAAAAGGCCUUGCAAUUCUUACUGUUGCAAAGGUUGGUGUGAUGGUCACCUACAACAUUGGAACAGGGCUUGUUGUUGCUCGUAGACAAGAUGGAUCUUGGUCCCCGCCGUCUGCCAUUUCUUCCUUCGGCAUUGGCUGGGGAGCUCAGGCUGGAGGGGAAGUAACAGACUUCAUAAUUGUGUUGAGGACAAGUAAAGCGGUGGAGACAUUUAGUGGAAAUGUGCAUUUCUCAGUUGGAGCAGGUUUAAGUGCUGCUGUUGGCAUUGUUGGAAGGGCUGCUGAAGCAGAUAUCCGUGCAGGUGACGGGGGUUAUGCUGCUUGCUAUACAUACAGCUGCAGUAAAGGGGCAUUUGUUGGAUGCUCGCUUGAAGGGAGCAUUGUUACCACCCGCUCGCAAGAAAAUUCCAGGUUCUAUGGCAAUCCAUCCAUUAAGGCAUCUGAUGUACUUCUUGGAUCAUUUCCUCGGCCUCCUGCAGCUGCCAUUCUCUAUCAUGCACUUUCAGAUUUGUACCAGAAACUUGAUAGGUGAUCCCGUAAGGAGGUUGGAGAGAUGCCAAGUGUUCCGUUCGGUGUGGAGUUCAAAUUCAGAUGUCGAUUCUAUCGUCUCCUCUUCUAUCUUAUUACUAUUAUGAUUCCGAUUCUAUUCUUUGUUCAAAUACAAUUGCAAUUGGUAGCCUCCAGGUGGUUGUACAGCACGAAGAAAGUGAAGUAAAUUGGGACACAUACUCCCCCCCGUUGUACAUAUAUUUAUAUGGAAAACAACUCUAAAUUUCAUUGUUGGGAAGGAAAGUUCUUCAUUGAAA